AUAUUAUAUUGAUUGCGUAACAAUCUAAUAUGGUAUAGUAUAGCAUAAUAUGCCCAAUCCCACAUGGCCUUCCCAGUCAGCCCAGACAGCAGCUUUUUCUACAGAAGUCGGAUGAAAGAUCAAGAAAUCCCAUGUGGGCUUGCUGCAAGAACUUCUGUUUCUGCAGGUAUGGAGGUGAUUGAUGAUUCUUCUUGCGACUCCUCAACUUGUAAGCAUCAAGAAAUGGCGGAGGAGGAGCCUGGAGAUCUCCUUGACAAGUCUUGGUUUUUUGGGAACUUGCUUGACAGAAAAACAACCAGGAUGUGUAGAUGGUAUUCUGAUCCCUGUCCUUCCUCUGGCUUAGCUGAUGAAGAGAUUUUGGUUGGAAAAUCAUAUGAAGAAACCUUCUCAUCGUUAAACAAACUACCACAAGGGGAUGAGUUAACUCCUUCCGGGUUGAUGAGAGCGCCGUCCUUGCCAGAAGGAUCGACUUAUCAUGCAGGAGGAGGUACCUAUCCUGUGCGCAGGGGAAGCAAAUCAAGACUAGAAAAAUCUAGUAACAAUCUGUUUCGUGCACCUUCUCUUCCAACUUCUCUAGGAAGAGAAGAAACUCAAGAUGAAGAAAGUGAUUUUUCGAUGAGCAAGUUGAUUAGGCAAGCAUCUUUGAAUCAAUCAGACCUGUUGCCCCCGCGCCGGGUUCCGAUUCCGAAGGGUCUAACACAAAGUUCAAGCACACCUAGGCUGCGGCCGCGAAGAAAACCAGAUUCGGAAAGCUGUAAAACAGAGAUCCCCGAAGGGGUGAUGAUCAGAAGGCAACACCCCCUUAAUCAGGCCAAGUUAUCAAGAAGCUCGAGUGACCUUAUUGUAGAACUUCAAGGUCUCAAGGACUUGAGUAUCAAAUUUGACGACAAAGAUUUAGGUCCAAGUCUGCAAGAAAAGAAGCAGCAACAGUUUUGUCUAAAUGAAGGUAAGUUGAGGAAGUCCUAUACAGCUGAUCAGGCAUGGCAGCCUGAGAACCCUGCAUCUCCAAUGGGCAAGAAGUCGGCAGAAGAUAUGAAAGCACAGAUCAGAUUUUGGGCUAGAGCUGUAGCCUCGAAUGUGCGCCAGGAAUGCUGAUAACUAACCAUACAAUCAUACAUGUAUGCUGAUCAUCAUCUGUGCAACUUUAACUUGAGAAUAUGGGUUAGAUCCUUGGAUAGAAUCAUCGAUUUUGGUAAGACUCUGCAAUUGCUAUUAUAUAUAUUUACCAGAUUACUGCUGUAAUUGAUCUAAACACAUUCUUUGGGUUUGGGUUAAGAAGGAUUAAACUUUUGUCAUUUAUAGCAAUAAAUUCUGAUUCAAUCAGUCAAUCUUUAUGCUUAUGAUUGUUGCUGGGCAUUAUUGAUGUAUGAGAAGCUAUAUAAUAUAACUCAGCAUGUGAUGAGAGGAUUGCUUUCUUGACUUUUAACUAAGUUUAUUGUAAUCCUCAUUAAUGACCUGGAAACUGGCUGCCAUCCCUACAAAAUGGUAGAAAAAUUGUGAAUCAAACGAGCCAUGAUUGCCAAUGCCACCCACUUGUCUGGCUAAAUUUGCUCCCUUUUUCUGCGACAAAGGCAAUAAUUUGUCAAUUCAGUAGUUAUGAAAGAAAGUGGAUAAAGACAAAAUGACAAUUGCAAGUCCAAUUGCCAAUGAUCUGGCCCUUUUUUUUUUUCUCUUCUCUUCUCUCUUUUUGUGUAGAUUCACAUUCUCUGUGUGUGGUUUGCUCUUUUAGUAGGUGAGUUAGUACUGGAGUUUGGAUAUGGAGUCAUCAAUGUCACAUUAAAGUGCAAAGAAAUUGAAGCAGAUCCCUCAGGAGGUUGAGGGUACCUUUGUAUUCAAUGAUUUCAAGAAGUUGGCCCGUGAAGAUGAGAGCAUUUCAACUGCAGGAAUCAUUCUUUCAUCUUGUGAUCCAACUGCUGCGACUGCAAUGCAUGAGGGCCUAAGAUGUUUGAGGAUGAAGAGGUAUAUUGGUCAGGUUGCUUGUCAACUAGAAGGGUUCAAAGGGAGGAUUGGAAUUGGAUAGAACAAGAAUUUUUUUUCUUUUUUUUUUUUGUUUUGUGGGUGUGCUUCAUAUGGAGUAUAAUUGGAGUUCUAAUCCAAGUGCUGUAUCCCGGACCAAAGACUAAAGUUAAACCUCUGUUGGGAAAUUGGGCUUCGGCCUAGUUGGCAGUCUGGAAGGGAAAGAAAAAACCUUGGUUUGGUAUAUUGGAAUGCUCAGAAUGUAAAGGCCUUUUCACCAAAAAAUGUUUUUCGAGUCAGAAUGAUAUUAAAAAACAUUUCCGUUCCAAUGUCUGGUACGGUGGUACGCAUAUGAGAAUGGGAUGUCCAUCCCAUUUUCAGUAUUUGGUACAAUCAAUUUUUAGAUGUCGAAAUGGAAUAAAUUAUGUAUAAAAUUGAUUUAAUUACCUUGAAA